UUCAUCUGUGGUUUGUUGACAAGUGACUCAGAAAAUAUUUUUAUGGUUGAUUUAUUUCUCGUUUUGUAAAAGACAUUGUCAAAUUAACGAAAAAUGGAGUGGUUAUUCGGAAAGAAGGUAACACCGGAAGAAAUGCUUCGGAAAAACCAGAGAGCAUUAAAUAAAGCUAUGAGGGAUUUAGACAGGGAAAGACAAAAGAUGGAGCAGCAAGAAAAGAAAGUUAUAAACGACAUUAAAAAACUCGCCAAAGAGGGUCAAAUGGACGCUGUUAAAAUAAUGGCCCGGGAUUUAGUGAGGACUAGACGUUACGUGAAAAAGUUUAUGUUGAUGAAGGCGAAUAUUCAAGCUGUUUCUUUAAAAAUACAAACGUUGCGGUCUCAAAACACGAUGGCUCAAGCCAUGAAAGGCGUUACCAGAGCUAUGGCAAAUAUGAAUAGGCAAAUGAACUUACCACAAAUCCAAAGAAUAUUGCAAGAGUUUGAGAAACAGUCAGAAAUAAUGGAUAUGAAAGAAGAAAUUAUGAAUGAUGCUAUCGAUGAUGCAAUGGAAGGUGACGAGGAUGAGGAGGAAAGUGAUGCUGUUGUGAACCAAGUGCUAGAUGAAUUGGGCCUACAGCUAACAGAUACUCUAUCUGGGUUACCACAGACAGGUGGAACGUUACCCGCCUCAGCAAAUAAGCAACCUGCAGCUGCUUCCAUUGCUGCCGGUGGAAGUAAUGGUGGGUUAUCGGACGCUGAUGCCGAUUUACAGGCUAGGUUGGAUAACUUACGCCGUGAAUGAUAAAGAAUUUUACUCUAAGGCUUAUAGCUAGUGCUUUUUACAAAUGUAUAAAUAUACCUUAUUGUGUUAUUGUAAAUAUAUUUUUUCCAAUUUGCUUAGAAUAAGACCUUUAUUUAAAUAAUUAUAACUCUUAAGCACAAUUUGGCAGUGCAAAUUUCCACUAAUUAAGUAUUAAAUUAAUGACCUUAAUAAACCUCAAUAAAAAAUAUAUUAGUUUUAUUUUUAUGAAAUAAGAGCAACAAUAAUUUAUCUCAAUUUAAAUGUUUAUAUAUUCAAAACAUGUUAAUAAAAAAA